UCUGAAUGAUUUGUUGGGAAUCUGUCGAAUUGUUCGUGCGGUACUCUAAAGUUUGAUAGUUGAAAAAUAGUGUUUAGAAUAUUUGUUUUUUUUUUAGCAAUAAACAACAUGGAGUGCCUUAUAGGUAUUGCGUUCAAAGAUUUUGUAAUUGUAGCUGCUGAUAUGAAUGUAGCUCACAAUAUUGUUCUUGUCAGAAAAGAUGAUGAUAAAAUGUAUAAGCUUAGCGAUCAUCUAUUGAUGUUGGUUUCUGGUGAAGCUGGAGAUACCAUUCAGUUUGCUGAGUUUAUUGCAAAAAAUAUUCAGUUGUACAAGAUGAGGAACGGUUAUGAAUUGUCACCAACUGGUGCUGCGAAUUAUACGAGACGAAAUUUGGCUGAUUUUCUGCGUAGUAGGACCCCUUAUGCUGUUAAUCUCCUUAUGGCUGGAUUUGAUAGUCAAAAUGGUAGUGAGCUUCACUAUAUUGAUUAUUUAGCAACUAUGGCAAAACUACCAUUUGCUGCUCAUGGUUAUGCAUCAUAUUUUGUAUUGAGUAUCAUGGAUCGUUACUAUAGACCAGAUAUGAGUGUGACAGAAGGGACACAGUUAAUUGAAAAAUGCUUGAAGGAACUCAAUCAUCGUUUUCUCGUUAGUUUGCCCGUAUUUAAAGUAAGGAUGGUAGAUGAAAAAGGAAUACACGAUCUUCCUGACAUCAAACCUACUGAAUUACUUGCAGCUGUGAAAUAAGUGUAUGUUUCCAUUGUAAUAAAAUAGUUCUUUUGUACUGAA